GUUGUGCUGCUGGGUCAGUUGCUUGGGAAAAGGAGGAGGAAAAAUCCACCUCAACCAAAACAAAGAGCAAACACACCCCGGAAGCAGCGGCUCCGGCGCGGCUGAGGUUUCCAAGGCUACUGAGAGGCUCUGGCCAGCCGGGAGCAGGGCUGCCUUUGGGGUGAUUUCGUGUGAUUUCUGGUGUGUAACGUGGUGAAGAAGUUCCGUGCUCAGCUGUGUGUGUUGGGUGGGGAUCGCUGAAGGAGGAGCUGUUUUUCAUGCAAGGUGAAGGGGCUGGAUGAUGAGAGCCUUCCUGAGGAGCUCAGAGGGGUGUUUUCAGCUGAAACCACACACCACGAUCAUCGGCCGGCACGAAGGGUCCGACAUCGUCCUGCAGUCUGCAGGUGUAGCCCAGCAUCACGCAGCCCUCAAAUUCACUGCCUCGGACAACAGUUUCUGCCUUCAGGACCUCAACUCCCCCCAUGGCACCUUCAUCAACGGCUGCCAGGUCCAAAAUGCAGCUGUCAGAGUGAGCCCAGGCGAUGUCCUGCGCUUCGGCAAGGGGGGAGCAGCCUUCGAGCUCGUGGUGGAUGGGGCUGCCCAGGUGUCUGAUCUCCCCAGGAAGCAUUGCACAGGGUGGACUGGGCAGGUCCAGGUGGUUGCAGAGCCCAAACCCUCGACUCCUACAUCUCCUGCCCAGCUCCCCUUGCUGCAGCGGCAGCAUCCCCCUGGCUCUCCAGGCAGAUGGGCUCCCGGAGCUACCGGCCGCGUGUCCCAUCCACUGCUGUGGAAGCCACCCAGGAGCGCCUGGGCUCGGAGCAUGGCCACCACCGUCUCCCUGGAUGCUUUCAGCAGGACCUCAGCAGUGAGGGCAGUCUCAACCAGCGUCUUGAGUGAUGGUGUGAGCGGCGUGGGGAGAGCCCCUUCCCUGGGAGCUCAGGAUACAGAAGAGAAGGUGAAGGGUGAGAAGGAGGAGAUGGGUCCCCUCUCUGGUUUGGAAACAGAAUCGAAGCAGAAAGAUGCAGCAAUAAGAGAUCUGCAGGAGGAGAUUGCAGCGAUGGCAAAGACCUUGGCUCAGGUGGUGGCAAGGAAUGAGGUGGAGCUGACCCAGAAGCUGCUUGCCUUUGACCAAGAGCUGGAAGCCAAAGCAGAGCUGAUCAGAACCUUGAGGGAACAGAUCAACAGCCUAGAGAAGGGCUCUAGCCAGGUUUUCAGCCAUUCCCUCCAUGAAAGAGACCUGGAGAUUGGGAGGCUGCGGAAAGAAAGCGAGAAGUUGAAGCGAGACCACGCUUUGACUGCAGGCCUAGUGACCAGCCUGCAAAGGGAGAUUGCUGGGAAGGAGCAGAAAAUCCAGCAACUCCAGCAAGAGGCUGAGAAAGUGAAGAAGGAGACCAGAGCAAAGGACAAUCAGCUGGCAAUGCUUUCUGCCAAGUGCUCUAGAAUCCGAGAGGAAAUGAAGCAGGAACUCGGAGAUCGGGAAGUAAUGGCAUGCCAGAAUCGCAUCAGGGAGCUGGAACAUGACCUGGAGAGGCUGCAGGGGGAAAUCCGGAAGUACUGCAUUGAGCAGGAGAGCAUCCGAAGCCAGCUGGCUGAGAAAGCCAAGGCUGAGGAGGAGCUGAGGGAAGCCGGAGCCAGGCAAGCUCUGCAGCUGCAGGAGAUGGGGCGCAGGGAGCGCCUGCUGCGAGCCGACCUGGCACGGGCCAAGCAGCAGCUGGAGUCCUUCAAGACCCAAGUGAUGCGAGUCUGUUCUCCAGCAGCAGCAGGAAAAGCCAUCACAGAGCAGCAGGUGAUAGAGAAGGUCAGACAGGUUUGUGACGAGAGCCAACAAAGUAAUGAGAGAGAGAAGUGUCUGCAAGAGGAAAUCAGCUCCAGGCUUGCAAAGGAAAAGGAAGUGUCUGCAAACGCCGAGGUGUUCAAGAAGUGCCUUCAGGAGCUCCAGGCUCACCUGAGCAGGUCCUGCAGCAGCGCCAGCCUGCGAGGGGAGCUGGGGAAGCUGGAAGCAGUGUGCCUGGAUCCCUCCAUCUCCACCAUUGGGGUGGCAGCGGUGGAAAUGGCACGUGUGCUCCUGUCCUGGCUGGAGGCAGCAGAGCAGCUCCUGGCUGGUGUGGGGAUGGACCUGCACAAAGGGCUGUUGGCUGCUCUUGGGACAUUGGUGGAAACCAGUCAGGAAACUGCCCAGAGGAAUCAGACAUUACAGGCACAAUUAGAGAAGGCCCAAGAGUCACAGGCAGCUUUGCUGCAGGAGCACACAAAGCAGCUGGAAGCGAAACAUGAGCAAGUGCUACAGCUAAAAAUCAAGCACAUUCUGCUGGAGAAGGACAAGGAGAGCAAGGAGCUCCUGGAGAGCGCCGUCACCCAGGAGAAGAGCAAGUACCAACAAUCCCUGGAGGAAGAACAGAAGAAGAUCCAAGACCUGGAGAGCCACCUGAGGAGCAUGGCUGAGGCUAUAGAGAGAAAGUCAAAGGAGCAGGAGGCUGCUGACUGCAAGCUGCAAGAAGCUGUGCAGAAGCUGGAGGAAACCACAGUGCGAGAGAUGGUGUUACAGCAGCGGGUGCUGGCACAAGACGAGGAGCUCAGGACCCUUCAGGAGGAGAUUGAGUUACAGAGACAGAAACUGCAGGGAGAAAUAGAGGAAUACAAGGAGCAGAGUAAGCAGCACGCACUGACAAUUGUGGCUUUAGAGGAGAGGCUGCUGGAGGCCAAGGAGCAGCAGAAGACCCUGGAGGAGGAGCACACAGCACUUGUGGAGAAAAUGAAAGGAUUUCGGGGUGACAGUUGCCAGGCACCACCGGGGGCUUGGCUGGAGCAGUGUCCUGCAGCAGAGUCUCACAGCUGUCUGUGGAAGUUCAGGGAGGAGCUGGUCAUGGCACAGAACAUGCUGCUCUCCAAGGAGGCUGUCAUCACUGGGCUCACCAAAGAGCUUGCAGAAACCAGAGCCAGGCUGACAGACCUGAGAGGGGAGGUGAGUGAGGAGCACAAGGUGGAACUGGAGCAGAGCCUGACCCGGCUGAAAUGCCAGGAGCAGGAAUUGAACCUGCUCCGAGAGAAGCUAUCCCAGAUGUCCAGCCUGGUGGAGAAGAAGGAUCAAGCCCUGGAAGCAGUCGCUGAGGAGUUAAGGCAGGCCCAAUCCCACUGCAAGGAGCUGAAGGAUGCUCAAGAAAUGGCAAAGAAGCCAGAGGCUGCUCCUGGGACACCAGCACAGGCAGAAGUUGCUUCUAAGCAGGAGUCAGUGCUGGACUUGGCUGACCUUGGCAGGAGAUGCCGAGGCCUCAGGCACGAGGAGACGAUCCAGCGCCAGCGGGAAGGCUUGGCUGAGCUCCGGGGGAGGGUGAAGGUGCUGGAGAAGAGGCAGUCCUCAGCUGCCACGAUGAAGGGUUCAGAGCCUCUGGUGGUCCUCACAAAAUGCUUAGCAGAGGAAGUAGUCCAGAGAACAGGUCAUGAGAAGGAACCCACACCCGUGUCAGGGCCAAAUCUGAAGGCCAGCAAGGUUCCUGGCUGUGUUCCUAAUGGGGGCUCACACGGGGCAGUGAGCUGGGAGAUGGGCGACACGAUAGACUUUGGUGAGAAGAUGUACCUGGAUGCAAUCAGUACUCUGGGAAGCCUGAUGAAGGUGGAGGAAGUGUCGGGAAUGCAGUCUUUGAGGCACCUUCCUCCGGAGGAGAGGGGAAAAGCAGGGCUGCAGAGGCGGAAGGACCUGGAGCUGCUCUGUGACAAGAUCAGGAACCUCAAGAGUCGCCUGGAAAGAAACGAGGAAAAGCUGAAAGAAUACGAGGGCAGAGUGGAGCAGCUGAGGCUGAACCAGGCAUCCCUGCAGAGGUGCCAGGAGGAGGUGUCCAAACUGGAGGAGGAAGCCUACAGGGAGGCGGAAGAGAAGGCUCUGCUGCAGGAGGCGCUGGAGAGGACACAGCUCCAGCUGAACCAGGAGAAGAGGCAGCGAGCAGCCAAGCUGCACAGGGGGAGGCCACGGGAGCAGGCUGGAGCCAAGAAGCCUUUCUGCUUGGGCAAGCUGAAGGCCAAACAGUGCACAGCAGAAGCUGUCAAGAUGGGAAGUGCAUAGGAGAGGCACCACGUGGGCCUUUGGUACGAUGCGGGGAAAGAUGGUUUCAUUGACCUGAUGGAGCUGAAGCUGAUGAUGGAGAAGUUGGGGGCUCCACAGACGCACCUGGGCUUGAAGAACAUGAUCAAGGAAGUGGAUGAAGACCUGGAC